CGCGCGGGCGGAUGUUGUCCUUGUUGUGCUUCCUGUCAGUCGCCCGGAUCAUGAUGACGGAAAGCGCUUCCUGCCGCUGAGGGGGAGGCUUCCAAAGGCGGCUCUUCGGUCUCUGUCUAGUCCGGGCCUUCCUUCCUUCCUCCGUCCCUCCUUCACCCUGGCCAUGGCGGACUUCGACGAGAUCUACGAGGAGGAGGAGGACGAGGAGCGGGCCUUGGAGGAGCAGCUGCUCAAGCACUCGCCGGACCCGGUGGUGGUGCGAGGCUCCGGCCAUGUCACUGUGUUUGGGCUGAGCAACAAAUUUGAAGCAGAAUUUCCUUCAUCAUUAACAGGAAAAGUUGCACCUGAGGAGUUUAAAGCUAGCAUCAGCAGAGUGAACAGCUGUCUCAAGAAGAACCUUCCAGUUAAUGUCCGAUGGCUUCUCUGUGGCUGCCUUUGCUGCUGCUGCACUUUAGGCUGUAGUAUGUGGCCAGUAAUCUGCCUCAGUAAAAGAACACGAAGAUCGAUUGAGAAGUUAUUAGAAUGGGAAAACAAUAGGUUAUACCACAAGCUGUGCUUGCAUUGGAGGCUAAGCAAAAGGAAAUGUGAAUCGAAUAACAUGAUGGAAUAUGUCAUUCUUAUAGAAUUUUUACCAAAGACACCAAUUUUCCGACCUGACUAGCAUUUGCUUUAUUUAAGAGACUUCCCAAGUAUGUUGUCUUUUUCCAAUGGUGCCUUGCUUGGUGCUCUCCUGGUGGUGAUAUAGCAUUGGUUCUACAGAAACUUGUGGUGUUCUUCAUUCAGUAAUUCUUUUCUUUCUUUCUUUCUUUUAUUUUUGUAGCAGCAUGUUCAAAAUGUAUUUUGUAAAAUUUUGGAGACGUCAUUUCAUGCAAAUGUCAGCGUGAUUUAAGUUAUUAUCUGUCCCUUUUCUGUUAUCACUGUAUCCUGAUUUUCCAGUCAUGUUUUUCUUUUAUCCAUACACACAGAUGUGUGUGAACACAGACAUGUGUGAACACACACAGCUAUAAACAUGCAACCAAAAAUUUCUAUAACUGAGAUAUUUUAACCCUGAGAUCGACAUCUGUAAAUUGUGAAAAUUGGCAAUCACUUUAACCUAUGCACUCUGAAUCUCCGCAUAUUUUGCCAGUGACACAUUUAUAUAUACCAGUUUUUUCUUCCUUGUGAGACAUAAAUUCAGCCAUCUAUGGGGUGACUAGCAGCAUUUCUUGAUAAUUUCCAUGAAACCCAAGCAUCACUUCAUUCUCAGAUUUUUUUUUCCCCAUGAAGAACUUCCAUCUACUCUGAAGAUGAUCCUCCCCAAGUAACCUGAUAACAAAUUGCUGUUAUUCCACUAGAAGAAUCAGUGGUAGAUUUGCAUGUGUCCAGUGGUGAAUACUGCUCAGGAUUAUAAAUCACUAGUAUUUCAUAGAGGGCUGUAUCACAUAUAACAGUAGUUGACUUUGUAGUAAUUAAAAGAUUGCAGGCAUGGAGGAAUGAAUGGAACGUAAAUCCUUCAACUAGUUCCCAUUCUCUUAAUCAUCUUUCUUGUUUCUUUUCUUUUUUGAAAGAACAGAUUAAUUUUAUAUUUCCAACAAACCCAUGUUUGAGAGAGUGUGAGGGUGUGUGCAUGCCUUGCAAGUGUGCAUAUGUAUUGUGGCUAAUGCCAUGUAACAGCUUUACUGUUUUUAUUGUUUACCAGAUCUAAUAGUAUACAAGGCUGCAAGAUUGUCAGAAAUAUAUUUGUUAAAACAAAUACUUAAGUAGUUUUGAGUUUUCAAGUGUUAACAGUGUUUUUGGUCCUGUGCAAAGAAAAUUAGUUGUUCUUAUGCUCCAUUAAAAUCACUGGGCCAGGUUAGUUGCGACUAACGUUUUAAGUCUCAUUAAUGUUGUGAGGCUGAAAUGCAACUAACUUCCUCAUUUCUUAUUUUUAAAUUUUCCAUUGGGGAUGGGCUUUUGUAUGUAAAAUAUUGACGACAUUGUACCAGAAGCUAUGGAUGUAUUAAUAAUAUCUUGAUUUUUACAUCUGUGUGUCAGAUGUAUAAAUCAAAAAUAGAUUGAUUGACUUAAUAGGUUACCGAAUGUUUUGGAUAAAUACUUAAUGUACCUCAGAUUCUGUUAUUUUGUUUCUUUGUUUGUUCCAUGUUUACAUGGCUAACUUUCAGUUUCUUGUUUGUACUGUUUGUUUGUACUGUUUGCACAAGAAAACAUUUUUUAAAAUAUGGAUAUGUGAUAGUAUGCUUUGAUCAGACCGGUUCUUAGUUUCUUGGCUGUGCAUAUCUUCAUGUGUUAUGUUUAAUGCAUAGUUAAUGCAGUUAUUUCUGAAACUUGUUGUUUGGACUUCAGUGGACAUGACUGUAACAUUAAGGGCCUGUUCUUCAUGUAGCAGAGCAAUAAUGUGAAUAGCCAACAAAUGCAACCUGCUUAAUUGUAUUAAUGAAAAGUUUACCCCACUGCAAGAAUACUGGUUUUCUUCUUUAAAAUACAAGUUUCAUGUUAUUGUCAUCAUGCUUAUGUUUGUUGCUUAUUUGCCAGUUAUUUCAAUAUUCAUAAUGGAGCUUCACUAGAAAGUUAAACAUUCUUUGCAAUACUUUUAAUGGCUAGAAAUAUAUUUUGAAAUGUGUUUUAUCGAGGCUAUUCUUUGCAUAUCACAACAUUCAGUUCUCUGACAUUUAUCUCACAUAUUUAUCCUACUCUUGGAAGUAAUCCAAAUGCCAAGAUCCAAACUAGGCACCAUUGACUUCAAUGAGAAAACAGUAUGCAUACUCUUAGCAUUUUUCUGUUGAAAGGAACAUGGCUUUGGCUGGAUCAUGCUCAUUGGUCUUUGCUGAAAAUAUAUGCCUAGAUUCCAUUUGUGAUAUAAAUGUGUUUUCCCCCCACAAAUACAGUAUAUGUAGUCUUAUUCAAAAUUUCAGAAAUAAUUUCCUGCUGUCUAUUUUCUGCUUAUUUCAAAUAAGGAAAUUGGAAAGUAUUUCUCUUCUUUUCUAUGAAGAGCCACCUAUAAUAUAUUUUAAAAUAUUUUCAGGUUUGGGGCACACCUUUGUAAUGAAAGACACAAUUUUUCAUCUUAAUCAAGCAAGACUACAUUUUAGCACAGACUUAGAUACAAUUAAGCCCAUUCAUGUCCAUGGAUUUAAGAGUACUGGAUUCACCCCACAAGACAACAAGCUAGGGAACCCUGGCUUGAAAUGAGUGAGUAGUGUGGUGGUGCAUAGGCUAAAUAAACCAUGGAGUUCAGCUUUGCAGUUGGUUACAGUUUCCCUUUUCUGGUUUAUUCCUUUCUGAGAAACCCAGGAAAGCAUCAAUAUGUUUCUUUCUCUGAUAUAUUGAAACUGGAUAAGGGAAGCAAUCUGCUGCCAGAAGGCACAAUAAACCAACCAUGGAGCAAAACCCCAUGGUUUGUUCAACAGGCACAAUUCUAUACUAUGCUGCAGCCUGCUAGCAUUUCAAGCCAGGAUGGUGCCGAUUCCUGGCUCACUAUGUUUAAAUUUGUGGUUUCGAGUGGUCUCAAUUACGAUUACAAUCUGUACUGGAAUAUAGUCUUGACUGAUUAAAGUGAAGAACCUGAUGGGAAACAAUCAGUACUGCUUGACUGACAAAAUCCUUAUGGCUACUAGCCUCUUUCUAGAAGUCAGGCCAUUGGUUUCACCAUUCAUUUCUGUGAAAACUAUUCUUUCUAUGCAUUUUGUCAUAUGCUAGGUUUUCAUGUUGUUUGGAGCUAGUGGGGACCCCCUGAGCAUGUGUAUGAGCUCUUUCUGCAUGUUAAAAUUCUUUUAUGUGUGGAAUGCUCUUGAGCAGAGUGAAUUUUGGAAUCACUGGUACUUCAGAGUUUCUUGAUAGCAUUUAGUAAGUCAAAUUAUCACAUUGUCAGUUUUACACCUUCUCGCAAAAGGAUUAAUGUAUUCUGCAAUCUUUAACAAAUUAGGGGUUCAAAUUUGUAGUGUAGUGGUUUGGACAGUGACUCUGGACACCAGGUUUCAAAUCUCUGCUCAGCCAUGGAAAUCCACUGGAUGUCCUUGAGCGAAUCACAUUCUUUCAGACUCAGAAGAAGGCAAAGGCAAACCUCUGAACACGUCUUGCCAAGAAAACCCUGUAAUAGGUUUGCCUUAGGGUUGCCAUAAAUUGGAAAUUACUUGAAGGCACACAGCAAAUAGGUCAAACUAAAUACAGGCUAACAGAGGUGAGAAGUAUUUCGGUAUUACGUAUAUUACUCUAAACUAGCCUUUGUCUCUGGCUGGUUCAGGUAAUCUGUUGCAACCUAGCACCCUCUGGUUUAUUGCGGGACUAGAAUUUCCAUCAUUCCCAUCAAGCAUGGCCUUUGUAAUCCACUCAUCAUACCAUCAGGUUGUGUUAAUUGUUCAUCUGAGUAUUCUGUUUGGAUGAGCAGCAUAAUUCAUAAAGAGUGCUCUUGUACAGGAAGGCAAUUCAUACUUUGUGAACAAAGAAAUCACAUGCAUUUUAACAGUGAAUAGCAGCUACAGCCUUGUGAAAGGCACAUGUAUUACACUGUUUAAGUAAAUAGAUCACUUGAGUAGCACUUACUUGCAUAAGCCAGAUAGCUUUGAUUGUCUGGCACACACUCUAAAUCCAUUUAUACAUUUGACCAGUCUUGCAUAUCCUUCUGUGACUGCAGUUAAGCAAUGUCUGUUUGAAUGAUAUAUAAAAAAUUGUUGACUUCA